AUGGGUAUGUUCCUGUCAAAGAUAUGGACAACCUUGUUCCAGUCGCAUCUCGAGGCACGAAUUUUGAUGAUCGGUCUGGACGCUGCCGGAAAGACAACAAUCCUCUAUAAGCUGAAACUUGGCGAGACAACAGUAACAAUUCCAACAAUUGGUUUCAAUGUAGAAACUGUCACCUACAAAAAUAUAACCUUCACUGUGUGGGAUAUCGGGGGGCAGGAGAUAAUUCGACCACUGUGGGCCUACUACUAUCCCGGGACCAAAGGAAUAAUAUUUGUGGUUGAUUCCAAUGACAGAGAACGAAUUGGAGACGCCAAGACCGAGUUGUAUCGAAUACUAGAGGCGGACGAGUUAAGGGACGCCAAGCUCCUUGUUCUGGCCAAUAAACAGGAUCUCCCUUAUGCAAUGAAGACCUCGGAGGUGACAGAGGCGCUGGAAUUGCAAAAACUGCCUUCGCAUCGGAAGUGGCUUGCCCAAGCAUCUUGUGCAGUGACUGGUGCAGGGAUUUACGAGGGUCUCGAUUGGUUGGGCAACGAACUUAUGCAUCCAAAUAGAAGCUAA